AUGGGCGCCCCGGCGACAAGGCUGAUGGAGUCUAAGCUACUAGACGAUGACGGGGCGCCGGCUAAGAUUAAAGAUAUUAGACGAGUGCUGGCGGGGCCUGCGAAGACAUCAUGGAAAAGGACGGAGUGGGAGGCAGCAUGGGGAAAGAAAUUUGACUGGAAGAAGGUGGAAGGCAGGAGGGACUCGUUGGCAACACCCAUCGGGGCAAGGGAUGUGCUGCUGAGGAUGCACAGCCUGAACCUACAGGAUGCACGCUCUUCGUGUUCUCGCUUCAAUCCGUUGAAAGCAGCUCCAUGCUCUCAUGCUUGCUUCCACUCUCCCGCACUCGUCACGCACUCCCCCCAUCCACUUGGCGUCCACCCGCCUAUCCCCAACAACCCCUUCCAACCAACACACCUAUUCCCACCCACCCCCCCUUAUUGUCCCCCUCAGGACAUCCUGCACUGCCACGACUGGUCGUCGGCGCCGGUGGCAUGGCUGCACGCGGAGAGCUACAAGCAGUACGGACUGGGCAACGCGCGCACGGUGUUCACCAUCCACAACCUCGAGUUCGGCCAGGCGCUCAUCGGCCGCGCCAUGGCCGCCUGCAACAUGGCCACCACUGUCAGUGCUUCCCCUUCCACUGCUGCUGUGUCACCCACGUACACGUGGGAGAUAGGGGGCUACGGGGCGGUGGCAGCGCACCGGGGCAAGUUCCACGGCAUCCUCAACGGCAUCGACCCCGACAUCUGGGACCCCAUGACCGACCGCUUCCUGCCUAUGCGGUACUCAUCGGAGGAGGUGGUGGAGGGCAAGCGCGCCGCCAAGGACGAGCUGCGGAGGCGGCUGAACCUGCGGUUUGACGACCGCCCCGUGGUGGGCAUCGUGACUCAGCUCACUGCACAGAAGGGCAUCCACCUCAUCAAACACACCAUCUGGCGCACCCUCGAUCGCGGGGGCAGGUAUAAGAGCUGA